CUUUCAGUUUCUCUUCAUUUUGCUCCCAUUUGGUCCUUCUUUUCUGACUUUUGUUUUCUGGGUUUCGUUUGGUUGCUGAGAAAAUGGCGGAAACGAAUGAAAAUUUCGAAGCUUUCUCUGUUUAUUUUCGCUGUUUUGGGUUAUAUGGCUCAGCUCCCUGUGUUGGUGGACGAUGAGUUUACUUCGUUGAAGCUAAACAUUAUCAGAUUUAGGGUUCAGUGUUUUGCAAAAAUUUGAUCUACUUUGUGUGGAAUUGAAUAUAGAUUUGGACUUGGAGGUUUCCGAGGGUUAGGUUGAAGAUACGAGUGUAGGAAUGAUUGAGUUAUGACGAUUUCAUAUACUGUUAUACUUUCAGUUUUCUUAUGUGAGAGUGAGAUUAUAUUACUUGUUGCUUAUGUACUUUUAGGUAAAAGAUAGCUGGGUUGUGGUGUUUUCCAAGUAGUUAACUACCACCUCUGAAUUUAAUGGAGAUGAUGGUGAGACGUAUAGAUGAGGCAGACGUUUUUGUCAAUUUCCCUUUACAUCUGUUGAUGCUGGUUUAAUUGGUUGCUGUAUGUUUCUGAGGAGGGAAAGGGGUAGUAAUGCACCGGUCGACGGUCUUCUAUGUGUUCUUGGUACUAUGAUACCAGUCUGGAUAAACAGGUGGCUUUAAAGAGUCAUAACUAUUAGUUAAAUAAAAAUUCCAUGAAGACACUCAUCCCAAGGUAAUAAACGGAUUCGAACUUUUUUCUUUUGGGCAUGUGAAAGAAUGAAGGUUUGCUGAAAGAAGCAUUGGAGUGUACCCAAUUAAAUAGGUUGUACACAGAAAUUAAAGGGGAGAUUUCAAAUAGACACAUCAAAGACGAACCUUUCAUCUCAAUCAUAUAAUGUCCUACCCCUUCAAAAAUACUUCUGCUUCCCUUUGUUUAAACAAGCUGGUACUGAUCCUCUAAACCCGUUGGCUUAUUCUUUUAAAAAAUCUGCUAUAUCAUCCUCAAAGUAAAGCACAGUUGGUCUUGGAAGCACCAAUAGACCUGAGAUAGGGAAAAAUGUGUCCCAGAGCUAACAAACAAUGCAGCAAGAGAUGGUGUUUCCUUGAAGACUCAAGAACUCUAUGCUCUUGUCUUUGCAACCCGCUAUUUGGAUAUUUUUAUUAACUUCAUCUCAUUUUAUAAUACCGUGAUGAAGUUGAUAUUUUUGGGUAGCUCUUUCUCAAUUGUUUGGUACAUACGGUGCCACAGGAUUGUUCGGAGAUCAUAUGAUAAGGACCAAGAUACAUUUCGCCAUCUUUUUCUCCUGCUCCCUUGCCUCAUUUUGGCCCUGGUUAUAAAUGAGAAAUUCACUUUUAAAGAGGUGCUGUGGACGUUUUCCAUAUAUUUGGAAGCAGUUGCCAUACUUCCUCAGCUGGUGCUGUUGCAAAGGACAAGAAAUAUUGACAACUUAACAGGACAAUAUGUUUUCCUCCUUGGCGCUUAUCGAGCAUUAUACAUAUUGAACUGGAUUUACCGCUACUUUACUGAGGAACACUAUGUCCACUGGAUAACUUGGAUCGCAGGGAUUAUCCAGACUUUGCUCUAUGCUGAUUUCUUCUACUAUUACUUCCAGAGCUGGAAGAACAAUGUAAAGCUCGAGCUACCAGCUUGAAAAGGUCUUACAUGUCCACUGCCUGUCAAAGGUUGCAAUAGGAUACUUGAAUCUGUGGUGGUUUGUAGAAGCAUCAUAUUUCUUUGCUAACCUCUCCUUUAAAUUUUUUUCCCCUUUGAAUCUGUGGUAGUAUUUGUUGGGCCACGACUAAUAUUCAACAUUGUCAUUAAGCGGGGAUUGGACGUCACUUACGAUCUCCACCAAGCAGAUUGUAUGAAUUGUAUUCUAAAAUGAAAAUGUUGUACGGCAAAUUCUUUUUAUCA